AUGACGUCCGCCUUCAAGUCAGGCCACUUCCAGACUCUGGACUUCUCGACGGCCGGCCAAGUCGUGGUGGACGACGCGCUGUACGGCAGGCACACCAUCACGGAGCCCGUCCUCGUCGAGCUGCUCAGCUCCCAGCCGGUGGCGCGCCUCGCCGGCGUCAACCAGCAUGGCAUCUCCGGCCUCCUCGGCAUCACGCCCAAGGUGACGCGGUGCGAGCACUCGGUCGGCGCCUUCCUCCUCGUGCGCCACGUCGGUGCGGGCUUGGAUGAGCAGGUCGCCGGCCUCCUGCACGACAUCAGCCACACCACGAUGAGCCAUGUCAUCGAUUUCGCGCUGUCGGAGCCAGGCGAGGGCAGCUUUCACGAAGUCCACAAGAUGCGCUACGUGCUGACGACAGGGAUCCCGGACAUCCUCCGAAAGCACGGUUUUGAGGACCUCAAACCCCUGGAUGAGGAGCUGUACCCGCUCGUGGAACAGCCCGCUCCGCGACUUUGCGCCGAUCGGCUUGAUUAUGGGUUGCGCGAUGCCGUCGGCUUCGGACAAUUGACUCUGGAGAAUGCUCAGCGUGUUAUAGCUUCACUGAAAGCGCUCCCAAGCCCAACCUCCCCUUCACGCUUACUAGUCCUACGAGACCCAGAGGCCGCCUUGCUAAUAGCGAGGGCAUACAUGGCUUGCGAUCGAGAGGUCUGGGGCAACCCGGCCCACGGGGACCUGUAUAUCCGAACAGCUGGCCUCAUGAGAAAGUUGAUUCGGGGUGGGAGUGUGAAAGAAGAGGAGCUCUGGAAGCUAUCUGACGACGAAUUCUGGGCGAGGAUGAGGCAAGCUGCGGAUCGCGAAGGUCAGGAGGCUAUGGACAAGCUCGAGGCCGAGGGCCUACCAGACGAGAAGGGCUUGCCACUGCCUCGCAAGGCCAAGGUGCGGACUUUGGAUCCGGACAUCUGCACCGCACCAUCGGUAUCAGCCACGCCCUUGUCAACUCUUCUUCCCGAGUAUGCUGCCGAGAAACAGGAGUAUAUUCGGGUCAGGGAAGCUCUCUAUGCUUCUUGA